AUGGCCGAGCAACACAUCACACCGUCGUCGCACUCUGCACUCACGAGAGAGUCCAGCGGGUCUUCUCCUAGCAGGGUGGUGGGCGGUCGGUGGUUGCGUCAGGUGCGUCGAACGAGCCACAGCCGUCGGAGCAGACGUAACGUGACGUCACCCCUGCCGCGCUCCACCAGCCGACACUCGUCCAGCCGCGUGUCUGACGCGGAGCCCCACACUCACGUCGAGCUGCGCAGAAGCUCACGCCUCAUUAACACUCUGCCCAGGUCUGACUAUUCUAUAACAGAACGCUGGUCCUACGGCACAGACGUAUACGAGACACGCUGUGAUAGAACCGAAUUCAAGGGCGGUGACGCCCACAAAUCCAGCGUUCACCCAAAACGCGGACGGACUUCCUCGCAUGACAGGAAAAAACGUAAGACUAUAUCGAACAACAGUGCAGAGGAGUGCGUCGCAUAUUGCACACGCUCACGGACUGCUCUUAAAUCCAGCGAGAGUGCUUGUGAGCAAAUUCCGAAUAAUUUAAAACCCAAUACAUUAACACAACAACCACUGAAUCAGAACGCUACAGCCACUUCUACUCAGCCUAAUCAAUCGGAGGGCGGUUUGCUGCCUCUGGACGAAAGAGAUUUUGCAUAUUCUCCAUACAGCUCGUCUACUGUCACAGAGUUACUAGACUCAGAUUAUUCUGUAUACAGUCCGACUGCUAGUCGACGAAAAGGGAAGAAGAGGAAGCGAUCAGCUCAUCGCUCUCUGUCAAGCAGGAAAAGCAGCUGUUUGCUCAACGUAGAAGAGUGCCGAAAGAAAUUUAAAAUAGAUUCGCACAGCAAAGACGAGACAGAUACCAGCAGUACUGGAAGGUCAUCGAAACACGAACUCGACAAGGCCGACCUACCUUCUGCUACUUCGUGCACGUAUCUGCUCCGCAACAGAAACAGCCAUCUUGGGCCUCCAACUUCGACUGUCAUUAGUGACCAAUCAGCCAACCCGACCAGCGACGCUGUACAGAAUCAAACACAAGCGGGCCGCAAUAGUAGCGCCUCCGAGAGCAUCGUCAGCCUGCCCAGCGCGCCCAGUACCCCGCCGCUACCAGACAAAGAUAUCCAAGAGGCAAGUUCGUCCAAAGCACACAGCUCGGCGAGCAAAUUAUUAAUAGUACCGCGAGAUCUUCCUUAUUUGCGUCAAACUAACGCGCGCAGGAGCAUCGCAGCUGCGACGGGGGCGACCCUGGGUGCUUGCCUGACGAGGGGAGCCAGCACUUCGCAGCGUCAGCGACAAGACACUGCGUCUAAGCGACAGGUAUCUGGUAGCGAGGGCGCAGGCAGCAGCGCGGCAAGCGGACGGCGAGCGCGGGCUCGCGACAUGCCGCAGCCGCAGCCAGCGUCCACGCGUCGAGACAAACGAGGCAAAAGCAGUCUGGGUUCGUGCGCCAGUACUGGUGGUGCGUCCAGCCGGUCUCACCCCCAGCCAUUAACCACGGGUGCUGUGGCAUCCACAUCUUCCACUCCGCCGGCUUCAGCGUCAGCAUCCAUGCCUGACAACGCAGCUAGCGAGGCUAAGCCUAAGGGCAAAGCGUCGUCAUCGUCGGAAGAAUGCGCCGGCGGCGGCGGGGGUGGUAGUGGCGUGGGAGGCAGUGGGUCUGGCGGUGCGGGCGCGGAGGAGUCCUCCUCCGAGGAGGGCGAGGUCGGCCGUCUACAGGCGCUGCUAGAGGCGCGCGGUCUGCCGCCGCAUCUGCUCGGAGCCCUGGGCCCGCGCAUGCAGCAUCUGCUGCAUAGGACUGUCACUGCCAACUCCGCUGCAUCCAAAGCGGCACAACUACUGGCUGGUCUGCAAGCGACCGGUGAUGAAGGCCAGCAGUUGCAGGCGGUGAUCGAGAUGUGUCAGUUGCUGGUGAUGGGCAACGAGGACACGCUGGCCGGCUUCCCCGUCAGACAGGUCGUGCCCGCGCUCGUCAAUCUGCUCGCUGCUGAACACAACUUUGAUAUGAUGAACCACGCGUGUCGUGCCCUGACGUACAUGUUAGAGGCGCUGCCCCGCAGUAGUGGCGCGGUGGCGCUGGCCGUGCCGGCCUUCCUCGACAAGUUGCAGGCCAUCACCUGCAUGGACGUGGCUGAGCAGAGCCUUACCGCGCUCGACAUGCUCUCCCGACGACACUCCAAGGCUAUAUUACAAGCACGCGGCGUGUCAGCUUGCCUGACUUACUUGGACUUUUUCUCCAUCAACGCACAGCGCGCCGCCCUCUCCAUUACAGCCAACUGCUGUCAGAACCUCACUCCCGAUGAGUUCCACCUAGUUAGGGACUCUCUACAAUUAUUGGCUAAUAGACUUACCCAACAAGACAAGAAAUCCGUAGAAUGCGUGUGCCUUGCGUUCUCGCGUCUCGUGGACAGUUUCCAAAACGACCCGGCUCGCCUUCAGGAAAUCGCUACUCCAGAACUACUGACUAAUUUACAACAACUGUUGGUGGUGCAGCCCCCGCUGAUCUCCGGCGCGACGUUCAUCACAGUGCUGCGCCUGCUGUGGGUCAUGUGUGCCGCGUGCCCCCAGCUGGCGCUGGCCUUGCACCAGCGCUCCAUCGCAGACACUCUGCUCUGUCUGCUCACUGGCUCCACGCUGCAGCAGGAGCAAGUUGAAUUAAUCCCGCGUCUCCCGCAAGAGUUGUACGAGAUUACAUGCCUGAUAGGCGAACUGAUGCCCCGUCUGCCGACUGACGGCAUCUUUUCCGUGGACUCGCAUCUAGACAAACCCUGGUCCGCCUCUAGCGUUGACCGCUCUGUGAACUGGCAGUGGAGGGAUGAUAGAGGAGUAUGGCGGUCGUACUCGUGGGCAGAGAGCCGUGCCCUGGAGGCGGGCGCGCUGGCGGGCGAGGAGGAGGUGUGCCUGACGACGCUGGGCCGCUCCUACACCGUGGACCUCACGGCCAUGCAGCAGCUCAACGACCACACCGGCACCGCGCGCCCCGUGCAGCGCAUGGCGCCCCACCCGCUGCCCAGUGACCUCCCAGGGUCCUCCUCCCACGCACCCGCUCCAGAUCCUCGUAUCGCGAUGGUGCGCUCAAACCCGGGACUGGCUCGUGCCUUACUGGCCGUACUACAUGAAGUAUACUGGAGCUCCGCCGGCCCGGCCGUGCGCUCGCAAGCGCUCAAAGCUAUACUGCGCUGCGUCUACUACGCUGACGCACCAUUGCUCAGACAAGUGCUCAAGAUGCAGGUGAUAUCGUCCCACAUCGCGGGCAUGAUGGCGUCGAGCGACCUGCGCAUCGUGGUGGGGUCGCUGCAGUUGGCGGAGAUCCUGAUGCAGCGGCUGCCGGAGGAGAUGGGCGUGCAGUUCCGGCGCGAGGGCGUGCUGCACCAGGUGGCGCAGCUGGCCGACCCCGAGCCGGGGACCUUCAUGACCAUGUCCCCGCUCCCGCGCCAGCCCCCGCAUAAGUCGCCGGGUGGCGGCAGCGUCCGCUCCAGUGGCGGCUCGUCCCCGCCCGCCUCCACGUCGGCCACGUCCCUCGAACAUCAAAACAAUCUGUCUCUGGCGUUUUCCGCCUCAGGAUCAUUCGUAGCCAGUACUAUGCCCACUGGUAGCGACGGAAGUGGUUCCGAGCCUGGACAAGCCUCAGCGUCCACACACACCCAGAUGUCAGCCACUUCAGUGCACAGGUCGAGCAGUCCCCUGCAGUUGGCGGAGAUGUUGAAGCGCAAGCGCGCAUUGAAGCGGUCGGGCGGCGCCGGCACUCGGCACGCGCGGCGCCGCGACGAGCCCGCGCCCGCGCACGCCGCGCACCUCGCGCACCCGCAGCACGCGCACCACGCCGCGCACGCCGCGCAGCCGCACGGUUCGGGCGUGUCAUCCGGCGCUCGGUCGGCGACGCGAGUGGGUGGCACGUCUAAGACGUCCUCGUUCCUGUCCUCGCUGAACCCGUCCCGCUGGGGACGCUCCCCCCACACACACAAGGACACCGGCCUGCUCGCCUCGCCACAUACUUCCACUAAUCUCACUGGCCAAAACAAAGAGAAGGUGCGGUCGUGGAUCCAGUGGACGGCGGCGCGCGUGGUGGCGUCGUGGGGCGCGCUGGGCGGCGGCGGCGGCGCGCUGGAGCAGCUGGCGGCGCUGGCCGCCGCGCUGCCGCACCACCAGCACGCGCGCGCCGCGCUCGCCACGCUGCGCGACACCCUGCUGCACCACGACGUCUCGCCCUUCGAGGUGAAUCAUUCCGGAGUAUUGGGAGCUCUGCUACAGUUCCUAACAGGCGGGGAUACCGACGGAGAACAGAGCGAGUCGCGAGACGGUGAUGGGGAAGGUCGCGAGGACAAUGUCGCCGCCGCCGAGGACCGCCUACGACUGUUCCUGCACGUGUUCGCUGAUAUGCCACUGACCAUUGACGCGGAGUGGGCGGCGGGCGUGGGCGCGCUGGGCGCGGUGGGCGCGGGCAGCAGCGCGGAGGGCGGCGCGGGCGGCGGCGCGGCGCUGUGCGCGCUGGUGGGCAAGGUCAACGCCUGCGUGUCGCAGCUGGAGCAGUUCCCCGUGCGCGUGCACGACCUGCCCGCGCGCCCCGCCACCUCCGCGCUCAAGUUCUUCAACACGCACCAGCUCAUGUGUGAUCUCAAACGCCACCCGACUUGCACAAAUCUCAAGCAAUGGAAGGGUGGCAUAGUGCGGAUUGAUCCGCUAGCUUUAGUUCAAGCCAUUGAAAGAUAUUUAGCUCAGCGAGGCUACGCCAGUGGGCGCACGAACUCAGACUCUGGCGGUAAUGCGCACUCGGACGAUGACGCCGCUUCCGACGAUGACGUCGACGACUCUCUCGCAACACCUCCAAACAAUCCUGAGUCCGAACAUAAACUAGAGUUCUUGAUCGACGACACGGUGUUGCCUUACAACAUGACUGUGUACCAAGCAGUGAGGCAGUAUUCGGAUAUUGCUGACCCCGACGAUACUGAAACUCCGGCCCCUAACGCGGGUAUUUGGGUCGAUACGCACACGAUAUAUUACCGCGCCGUAGAGGCAGGUGAACAAACUCGCACUGAUAAUUCCGCUUCACGUAAAGGAAAGGGCCAGCCCACUAAACUGUCAUCUAGACGUAAACCUGAUCUCUUGUGGAAUGAGGGCGUGGUCCCGGCGCGCGUGUCCCCGCUGGUGGUGAUGGUGCGCGGCGCGGCGCUGUGCGGCGCGGGCGCGGCCGACGUGCGCGACGCGUCCCUGCCCGCGCUGGGCCUGCUGCGCGCGCUGCACGCGCUGUCGCGCCACUGGCACACGCUGUACCGCGCCGCCUGCCUGCCCGACCACCGCCCGCUCGUGCCCAACGCAGACUUCAUCAAUUCCAAGCUCGCUGCCAAAGCCAAUCGCCAACUUCAAGAUCCACUCGUUAUCAUGACUGGAAAUCUCCCACCGUGGCUGAAGAAAAUUGCUUACGCGUGCCCGUUCGUGUUGCCGUUCGAGUGCCGGCACCUGCUGUUCUACGUGGUGUCGUUCGACCGCGACCGCGCGCUGCAGCGCCUGCUGGAGGCGGGCGGCGAGCGCGGCGGCGGCGGCGCGGCCGGCGGCGCCGACGAGCGCGUGGCGCCGCGCCUCGACCGGCGCAAGCGGACCGUGCAGCGGCACAACGUGCUGCGCCAGGCCGAGCACGUCAUGCACGAGUUCGCGCACUCCAAGGCGCUGCUCGAGAUACAGUACGAGAACGAGGUCGGCACGGGGCUCGGGCCCACGCUCGAGUUCUACGCGCUCGUCUCGCAGGAGCUGCAGCGCGCCGACUUGGACCUCUGGCACGGCAGCGAGAACUUCAAGCAGAAGCCGACGUCGUUUGGCGGUGAAAUCGUCAAGAGCCAGCCACCCGUCGUGACGGAUCGGUCGGCUGAUGCCGCAGCUCGCCUGGCUUCCUCAGUGCGCGAUGCUCUUAACUUAGAUGAAGAUCGUGCACCAGAGCCAUCGGACCUAGAAAAGGAAACUUCGAUCCCUUCACCUGCGCCCGAUGCAACCUACGUGACGUGGCCUUGUGGUUUAUUCCCGCAGGCGGUCGGUCGUAAUGCAAGGGCGUCACAUGUUUCGAGGAUUAAAGCAAAGUUCCGUUUUCUGGGCAAAUUCAUGGCUAAAGCUGUCAUGGACUCCAGAAUGGUGGAUAUUCCGCUGUCAGUGUCGAUGUAUCGCUGGAUGGUAAACGAAGAGAAGUGGCUGUCACUGAGCGACGUGCGACACGUGGCGCCCGAGCUGUGGCGGUCGCUGUGUCGCCUGCGCCGUGUCGCCGAGCGCGCGCGACAGAUCGCGGCCGACACACGACACACGCCCGACCAGAAAACGCAGCUGAUAAGCGCUCUGGAGCUUGAUGGUUGUCCCAUUGAGGAGCUAGGCCUGGACUUUAUUCUGCCCGGCGACGGCUGCACGGAACUCCGGCGCGGCGGGCGCGACCUGCCAGUCACCGCGCACAACCUACACAACUAUAUUGAUCUCGUUACACAUUGGCUACUCUAUGAAGGUGUUACCAAACAAAUGGAAGCUUUUCGGGAAGGUUUUGAGUCAGUAUUUCCAUUAGCCAACCUUAAGAUAUUUUAUCCUGAAGAAUUGGAACAAGUAUUCUGUGGCAGUCCGUCCGGUGGUCGUGACCAGCGUUGGGAGCCACGCAUGCUCACGGAGUGUAUCCGUCCAGACCACGGGUACAACGCAGAGUCGCGCGCCAUUCGCAUGCUCAUCGACAUACUUGCGUCAUAUAACCGUGAAGAGCAACGUUUGUUUUUACAGUUCGUAACUGGAAGUCCUCGGUUACCUACAGGAGGUUUCAAGGCCCUGAACCCACCACUGACGGUUGUGCGCAAAUCGCUGGAGUCGUCUCUGGAUCCGGACGAGUACUUGCCGUCAGUGAUGACGUGCGUAAACUACUUGAAGCUGCCGGACUACACCAGCGCGGAAGUGAUGCGCGCCAAGCUGCGCCUGGCCGCCUCCGAGGGCCAGCACUCGUUCCACUUGUCGUGA